AUGUUGUUUUCUAAAAAGGAAGAAACGAGUGAACCGCCAUCUCGUUCGAAACGUGAGCAAUGCUGGGCAUCAAGAGAUGCAUACUUUGCUUGCCUUGACAAGCACAAUAUCGAGAAUCCACUAGACCCAGAAAAGGCGAAGAUUGCAUCAAAAAAUUGUGCUGCUGAAGACAAGCAGUUUUCUAAAGAUUGUGUUGCAAGUUGGGUGAAGUACUUCAAAGAGAAAAGGCCAUUCGACAUUAAAAAGGAAAGGAUGUUGAAAGAAGCUGCAGAAAAUGGGCAAGAAAUCGUUCAAAUGGAAGGAUAUAGAAAGUAG